CAAACCCACGAGUCAUGGCCCCGACCGGUCGAGACCUUCAGCUGACAUCCAUCACCGGCGGCCGGCCACGGCCGGGGACUGCGAUCGUAGCCAGGCCGGACGAUGUUGAUCUGGAGGAUGUCCGGCUUCUUGAUUCGUAUGGUGACGAGGAGGAGGGGUUGGCGAAGGAGGUGAGGAGGAUCCAGGUGAAGGUUACUGGGAUGACCUGCUCCGCCUGCUCGAACUCCGUCGAGGGGGCGAUCAUGGCCCUUCGAGGUGUCGAGAUGGCGACCGUGUCGCUGCUCCAGAACAAGGCUCAUGUUGUCUUUGAUCCCCGUCUGCUCAAGGAUGAAGAUAUAAAGGAUGCUAUUGAAGAUGCGGGGUUUGAAGCUGAGGUCCUCCCAGAUUCCAGCACCUCAUCUUCAAAAUCACAAAAAACCUUGUCUGGGCAAUUCAGGAUAGGUGGUAUGACAUGCGCAGCUUGUGUAAACUCUGUUGAAGGUAUAUUGAGAGCUCUUCCUGGUGUGAAAAGAGCAGUUGUUGCCCUGGCAACAUCUUUAGGAGAAGUUGAAUAUGACCCAUCAGUCAUUAGUAAAGAUGAAAUAAUUAAUGCAAUUGAAGAUGCUGGGUUUGAUGCUGUGUUUUUGCAAAGCAAUGAGCAAGACAAAGCUCUGUUAAAUGUAUCUGGUUUAAUGUGUGGAAAAAAUUUUCAUGUUUUGGAGGAUAUACUCAAGAAUAUCAAUGGGUUGAAGCAGUUUGAGUUGAGGGAUUCCUUAUCGGAAGUGGAAACCAUCUUUGACCCUGAAGUUGUUGGUUUGAGAGAUAUAGUUGAUGCUAUUAAGAGAAGAAGCAAUGGAAAACUCAUAGCGAGUGUCAGGAAUCCAUAUGCCUGUGGCACUUCAAACGACACAGAACAAGCCUCAAAAAUGUUUAGGCUUUUCAUUACCAGUUUGCUUAUAAGUGUUCCUGUUGUUCUUUUACAUAUACCUUGUAUACACUCUUUCUUCCAAAGGCGGUGGGGGCCAUUUUUUUUAAGUGAUUUGUUGAAAUGUGUAUUGGUGAGUUUUGUGCAAUUUGGUGUUGGAAAACGAUUUUAUAUAGCAGCUUAUAGAGCAUUGCGCAAUGGGUCGACAAAUAUGGAUGUUUUGGUUGCCCUAGGGACAACUGCUUCUUACUUCUACUCGGUCUGUGCUCUACUGUAUGGUGCACUUACUGGAUUCCGGUCUCCUUUAUUUUUUGAAACGAGUGCAAUGUUAAUUACAUCUGUGUUGCUUGGUAAGUAUUUGGAAGUUCUUGCUAAAGGGAAGACAUCAGAUGCUAUUAAGAAGCUAGUAGAGCUUGCCCCUGCGAUAGCUCUUUUGCUGGUUAAAGAUACUGAAGGGAAACACACAGUGGAAAGAGAGAUAGAUGCUUUAUUGAUUCAGCCAGGUGAUGUGUUGAAAGUUCUUCCAGGUACAAAGAUCCCAUCUGACGGCAUGGUUGUUUGGGGCACAAGCUAUUCUGAUGAAAGCAUGGUUACUGGUGAAUCUGAACCGAUCCCAAAGGGAGUGUCUUCUUUAGUUAUCGGAGGUACAAUGAAUCUUCAUGGGGUUCUGCACGUACAAGCCACCAAGGUUGGUUCUAAUACAGUUUUGAGCCAGAUAAUUUCCCUGGUUGAGACAGCCCAAAUGUCUAAAGCCCCUAUUCAGAAAUUCGCAGAUUAUGUUGCCAGCAUUUUUGUUCCCGCUGUUGUUUUGAUGUCAUUGAUCACAUUUUUGGGAUGGUUCCUCUGUGGGUCACUUGGAGCAUAUCCAGAGGCGUGGCUCUCUGACAGCAGCAACUGUUUUGUUUUCUCCCUCAUGUUCUCGAUAUCGGUUGUGGUUAUCGCAUGCCCCUGCGCCCUUGGUCUUGCCACUCCAACUGCUGUUAUGGUUGCCACUGGUGUUGGUGCUAAUCAUGGCGUUCUAAUAAAGGGUGGUGAUGCUUUGGAAAGAGCUCAAAACAUUCGUUAUGUCAUCUUUGAUAAAACAGGCACUCUUACUCAGGGAAAAGCAUCCGUCACAACAGCCAAAGUCUUCUCUGGAAUGGAACUUGGAGAUUUCCUCACUUUAGUUGCAUCAGCAGAGGCUAGCAGUGAACAUCCUCUCGCCAAAGCAAUCAUAGACUAUGCAUACCACUAUCAUUUCUUCAGCAAGCUUCCAACAAGCAAAGCCAUCGGAAAGCAGAGCAAAGAGGACAUCAUAUCUGAAUGGCUUCUUGAGGCCGUGGAAUUUUCUGCGUUACCUGGAAGAGGAGUGCAAUGCUUGAUAAAUGGGAAAAAGGUUUUGGUUGGGAACAGGAAGCUCUUGAUGGAAAACAAGGUCUUGAUUCCAAUGGAAGUUGAAAGCUUCAUGGUUGAGUUAGAGCUAAAUGCUAAAACUGGUAUUCUAGUGGCAUAUGAUGGCAUCCUUGCAGGAGUCAUAGGAGUGGCUGAUCCCUUAAAGAGAGAGGCAGCUGUUGUUGUAGAAGGCCUGAAGAAAAUGGGAGUACAACCCCUUAUGGUAACUGGUGAUAAUUGGAGGACAGCAGAAGCAGUUGCAAAAGAGGUGGGGAUUGAAGACGUGAGAGCUGAGGUAAUGCCAGCAGGAAAAGCGGAUGUGAUACGAGCACUGCAAAUGGAUGGUAGUGUGGUAGCAAUGGUAGGGGACGGCAUCAAUGAUUCACCUGCGCUCGCUGCCGCCGAUGUUGGCAUGGCCAUUGGAGCCGGGACAGAUAUUGCCAUUGAGGCAGCUGACUAUGUGUUGAUGAAGAACAGUCUCGAGGAUGUUAUAACGGCUAUAGACCUUUCGAGGAAGACCUUUUCACGUAUACGUUGGAACUAUUUCUUUGCCGUGGCUUAUAACCUUGUUGCAAUUCCAGUUGCUGCUGGGGUUUUUUUCCCUUUCACCAGGCUCAAGUUGCCUCCUUGGUUAGCUGGGGCUUGCAUGGCUCUCUCUUCUGUCAGUGUUGUUUGCUCUUCUUUGCUUUUGAGAAGGUAUAAGAAGCCAAGGCUUACCACUAUACUAGAAAUCAUUGUAGAGUAA